AUGAGCCCCAACGGUAAUUGGAACAAUAAGACCAAUGGAUCUGAUGAGCAAAAUUCUCGGCCCUCCAACGCAGAUGGGCCAAACGGGAAAAGGCCUCUUUCUCCAGGACAUUCGUGGCUUCGAGUUGAUCUUCAGCAUUGGACUCAUCACCGGGUACAGGAUCAACUACGACAGCGACUGCUACUCCAGCAGCAGCAAGGCCUUCGACAAUCACAGCAACAACUACAAAAUAACCCACAGCAGCAACAACAGCAGAUGACGUACGAUGCUGCGUUGGCUGCACAGCUUGCUGCCCAGGUGUCUCCUCCAACGACAGCAAGUCAGCAAUACUCACACGGGAGACUCAUUUCAAGCAGGACGGUGGAAGUCGGCGGCUCUGGAAGCCGCCCCAUCUCAUCCGCACAAAGGCCUGCCCCGGAAAGGCUGUCGACCGGGUACGAUCUUCUUCCAGGAGAUACAAAUGACUGGGCCACUCGCCCAAUCAAGCGCCAGAGGGUGGUUCGGCUGCAACGAACCCCUCCAGCGAGAGAAAUGGAGACGUUGCCUCCUAUCUCUAUUCCUUCCGUUCCUCCCAUGGGGCCCAAUCGACGUUCGGAAUCGCCAGAUGCUGUCAAUCGUAAAUUCGGCGCUGAAAUCCAUUCACCGAAGAAGUACAAUGAGUCAAAGGGACACGGGAAGGCUAAGAGGGGAACCAAACGACAACGCGACGGUUCUCCUGUACAAAAAUCCGAACAAAAGAACAACUUGCCUGCACAGUCGACGGGUCCAGUAAAACGAUGGAGAUGUCCGUGGGGAAAAGGGUGCUCAUUCACGACAGACAAUCCGAAGCAGGUGUGGCCACACCUGCGAGACUCCGAGUACCACAAGCUCCAUCGGAAAUACCGCGUAUCUGGAACCAUUCUCAAUGAAGAUGAUAUUGAGAAUAUCCAAUCGCGCAAGAGGGGAAAGGGGAAGGGAAAAGCUGUUGACGGAAAGGCAAAGGUAACGGUGGAUUGGGAAAAGGUCGAGUUUAAGUGCGACGUUUCUUCGGGGGGAGUCGCGUGCCCUAGUUGGCCGAGGGUGAAGAGUAUGGGUGGCUUGAGGGGCCAUCUAUACUCGCAGCACCUUUCAAGGGGCACCUUCGUCAUCUAUGAGGAUGCAAAUGCUUCUGACAGAGAACCGACAGUGCCAUCUACGAAGUCAGAGAGAAAUUCCCCUUCAUUGGGGUCUGCGUCUCUUCCUCCGAUUGAAUUGACUACCCCUGUCGCCGAGGUGCCCACUUCACCUACACUGUCCCACCGAGCACCCUCCCCACCCUUGGCGGCUCAGCUUGCUAAAAAAUCCCCUUCGCCUGAGGAAAGCGAUGCACCAGCGGAACAUACGACAGCGGAGAGGAAUGUCGAUGCUUCUGGGGGCGAACGUUCUGAUGUCGAGAGAGGCGAGAACCUGGGCAACCAAUCAGCGCCAUCGCUUCAGACGACGCCAAACGAUAGCAACGGUGUUAAUCAGGGAAAAGGCAAGGGAAAGGAACGCGAGACGACCACAUCGCAGAACGAGGCUGUCCCUCCCGCUACACGUGCUACAGAGGAAUCAGCGUCCUCUCAAUUCCCAGAGCAAUCACAAGAGCCCAACGCUGCUUUUGCUUCGACGACCGAGUCACAGAGUCCGGAUCCCUUCCUGGAUCAAUUUUUGUUCGAGCUUUUCCAGUUUCAUACUAACAGCACAGCGUCUGAAGAGAGUGAAGAAUAUGCUUCAUUCUUGCAGUCUCUGUGGCAAUUCCAAUGA